GACGCAUACAAAGAUGUGCUUCGCUGAGUCGGACUUUCGGGAGAUCUGAGUAUGACUCUCGUGCGCUUGCUCGUGAUGUUGCUAUGGAAGAAUACCCUCAUGAGUAGGGGAGGAAAGCAGGAGACUGUAUAGGGGAGGCUUAGGGAACUAGAGCACCCACGAAUCACGCUGUCAAGGGUGCCUUCUCGUUGGGAGCAGAUGGAACGUCGUCAGUGUUCAAUGAAUAAGUACUCCAACAAGUUUCUAGGGCCUGGGAUUUCACAAAGUCACGAUGAGCACCUGCCCUUGCGCAGUGCGCGCCGAGCGUUUUUGUCCAUCCUUGUAUCAGACUCCUGCCUUCUACUUGCAACAGAACUGCCAUCGCAUUAUCAUCCAAAGGCCUCCCUAUUCGAGGAGUCUUUCCUGUACGGCUCAGCACAUUGGCUUUCACUCUGUGCAAUCGGUAGAGCUUGACCAUAAUAUGGCCAAGACUCGUCAAGGACGGACCCAACACUAUCAUCCUUUCUCGUCGGCGUUGGGUGUCAAAAAAUCAUCGGUAGCUGUAUGCACGAUACCACGAUUUUCGACUCGAACUCAUUCUCGAAGAAGAGAAGAAUACAUCUGUAGCCUUUCAAUUACACAGCUUCUUGUUGCUGUGCCAGCGUCAUCUUGCGCUGCAGUGCCCAUUACCUCGUGGACCAGGAACUGGUAUCUUGAAUCAAUCGCACGUUCCAUAGCUCCGGUAUCUGUAUCCUCUGUCUGCACGGCAGUCGAGUAUGUAUUAUUCUCGGGGCAGCGGAUAGUGUCCUUGCACGGUACUACUAUCCCGACAGCGAUACGACGCUACGAAAUGGAAUUAGGUGGCCGUGUGACGGGGUCUACACUCAAAUUGCUGUGUCCAGGCAGGCUCAGGCAUUUCUGGAUCCUUGAACGCUGCGAUUAUCAAGCGGCGUAGUAGUACUAGCUUGCUUUCCUUAUCAGGAUAUGUGGUUAGGAAACCGCGGACGUGUCGCCUUACGACUCGCGGCAAACGGAGUAAUUGCUGUAUCAUCAGCACAGCUUUCUUCCUCUCCAUACUUAUAGACACCGGAAGCAGACGCGCUACCUUUUCAAAUGCCGGUUAUUUAUUUGAAGAGGCAUGGGUACUACACCCUGUUGGCUCGCUCUAUCUAUUGUGUGUAUAUGUACCUGUGUAGGCGCCACCGGGUCAGCGCUUACCUUAGUUUUGGCUCUCUGAGUGACUCGGAGGUCUAGGUCUCUUGGAGUCAUUUAGCGGCGUCGCAAGUCCGGGCGCAGCACAUUGAUACUUAUCUGUUGAAACCGCUGGUACUCGGCCAG